CGAAUUGAUUCGACUCGAUUCGAUUCGAUUCAUCAUUCGCUCCAGUUCGGCAACCGCUUCGAUCUUCUAGCCUCACCAUUUUGCACCAAACGACUGCACCAGUUAGCAAAGGCGUGCUUUUCGACAACACCACCUUCCACCACUUAGCCAAGAAGACUUGGUUGUCCGACUACGGUACCAACUAUCUCGCUAGUCGAGGCCGUGCAUUGACCUGAAAAUCUUGUCGAAGGAGGGAAGUCGAGUCGAGUUUACUAGUAGUUCCUUUUUGUUUUAAAAUAAGCGUGUCAUUGGUUGUCCUUGGAUUUCGAUCGAGUCGAGUCGAGCCGAAAAAGUGCACCAGCACCAAUAAUCUAUCUCUACCAUCAUCAUGGAUCGCCAGUUGUUGAAUCGAGCGACGGAUAGUUCCGAUGCUCCAACUCCCGGAUAUCUGUACGUGGACAUUGCCAAGAAUGCCGCUUCAUCACCCGUCGCCUGUCAGGAAAUUGCCACUUUUUUGACGCGCAAAUUGGCCAACAAACAAAAUGCGAAUAUCAAAUGGAAGUGCCUCAAAGUCAUUGCCAAAACUGCAGAAUCUGUCAGUCGAGGACAAUUCAAGCGUGCCGUGGUUCAAGAUCAAUCUGGUGUGGCAGCCAUUCGAUUGGCAUCGAAUUUUAGGGCACCACCCGAUCCACUACGCGGCGAUGAGCCCUCCAAUCGGGUACGGAUGGCCGCCAAGGAAUGUCUCGAUAUUAUCUAUUCCGACACGCCCACACAAGCCGAGCAGAGUCCCUAUAAUUCAGGGGGAGGAAUGUCCAACACGUACGGUGCUCCACCUCACCAACAACCAUCCUAUGGAGGUGGAGGAGGUGGUGGAGGAAUGCCGCCUCCUGGAACGGGUCGUCGUAUGGAAGGCAUUGGAAACCCAAUGUUUUCGGAUCCUCGGCUAGAGCCAGAGCCCAAAAGUAAAAUGGAAGCCAUGAUGAAGGAUGUUGGAGAGACUGUUGUGGGAAUGAUCAAAGACCCAUUGGCUAGAGCUGCUGAUGCACGAAUUGCCAAUGCACACGGGGAAAUGCCACGUCCAGGUGGAAUGCAGGGAUUUGGUAGUCACAACAGUGGAUCGUAUGGACGUCCUACUCCGCCUGGUCAGAGUCAAUUGGCUCAUGCUACUGGUGGACAGUGGACCAUGGCUUCUAACAGAGGACCCAAUGCAGUAGGAAGUAGUAGCAAUGCCAAUGACGCAUACUACAAGUCGCGUCAGCAAGGCAACAACGCAUUCUCUUGGGCCAACAAAGAUGCGCAUGGUUCCCAUGGAGGGGUUGGAGGUUCUUGGGCAUCUCCUGCUCCAACAUCACAACCCUCAUAUGCUGAUCACCACUCGACUACCCCCUCAAUCACCGUCAACUCUAUCCCAGGAUCUUCAGUCAACCGAGGCAGUAGUGGCACUGCGGUUAGUGAUGGCUCGUACGAAAAGAACUUGGUCAUGGAAUUGUGCCCACCAGGUGGCAUGAAGCCCGUUCCUCCUCCCGACAAACUCUUGAAUUUUGCCAAAGCAAUCCCCAGUCUCAAUGCUGAUCAAAUCAGUCCAGUCUUGUUGGAUUGCUUGGAAGAUGGACAUCCUUGGAUUAUGCGAGCCAAGGCACUUUGUGUUAUGGAAACUUGCAUUCAGGCAGGCUCUAGACCUGACAAUACCAAUCCCUAUGCCAACUUCUUUUAUACGUGCCGAGGAGAAAUUGAGCCACUUGCAUCUCAUGCGCGGGCUGCUGUCAGGGACCCAGCUCGGAGGGUCCUCACGUUGUUGGGUGUGGAAGUGACAGCAGAAAAGCAGGCUGCGCCACCUGCUGCAGCCCCACCUGCUCCCCCCGCCGAACCUGUCAACCUACUGGAUCUUAACGAUUCACCCGCAGCAGCCCCGCCUGUGCCUCCGCCAUCGGCAACCCCGCCGCCUCCAACUCAACCUGCUGUAUCGGGUGCAGAUAUGUUUGGUGGAAUGCAACUCAAAAGUGCCCCCGCUGUUGCAGCUGCUCAGGCGCCUGCACCUCCACCACCAGCACCAACCAGCGGAAAUUUACUGGAUGGGUUGAAUUUGAACAAUCCUCCUGCAGCGACCCCUGCUAAGCCUGCUGAGGUCAUUGACAUGUUUGGUUCCCUCUAUGUAAAAUCGAACGAGUUUGAGGAAGAGAAGAAGAGAGGAUCUGAAGAUUCAGAUGACCUUGCUGCCGUCGCAUCAUCUGGUUCUGCCUUUGGUUUUAUCAAUGCCAACGCUUCAAAUCAAGCUGCUGGAGCCUCUCCAGCGCCAGUGGCACAACCAAACACUAUGGAGUCUUUUGAUCCUCUCUCCAACUUCUCACCCAACACGCAAACACAAAUGUUGCAGGUUUCUCCGCAGCAGAUGCAAGCACUGGCCUACCAGCAAAUGAUGAUGCAGCAGCAGGCACUACAAAUGCAGAUGGCCAUGGCAAUGCAAGGUGGCGGCAUGCCGCGCGCACCAAUGCAGAUGCAAAUGAUGCCUGGUGUAGCUCCAGGAGUGAUGGGCCCGCAUCCGGGGAAUAAUACCAGCACGGGAUUCUCAUUUCUGGACAAACCUGCGGCAAAGAAGGAAGACAAAAUGUUUGAUUUUGUCCAAGACGCCAUCAAAACAGAAAAAACCCACCAUUAGUAUGAUUGUGAUAGACGAGUGUUAUUUGGAGGUCUAGCUAGCCAGAUAAAAAGAAAUAGUUGUGCUGACCAC